GAGGGAGGGAGAGUCCGGGAAAGGCUGGCUCUCUCUGCUGGAGGGGGCGAAGACGGAGCCGGGCGCGGCAGGACGGCAGGCAGCGGCGCGGCCAUGGGGGUCGACGUGGAGACCAUCACGCCCGGAGACGGAAGAACAUUCCCCAAAAAAGGCCAGACAUGUGUGGUCCAUUACACAGGCAUGUUACAGAAUGGAAAGAAGUUUGAUUCCUCCCGAGAUCGAAACAAACCUUUCCGGUUCAAGAUUGGAAGACAAGAAGUCAUUAAGGGUUUUGAGGAAGGAACUGCACAGAUGAGUCUGGGACAAAGAGCAAAGCUAACCUGUACCCCUGACAUGGCAUACGGAACAACAGGCCACCCUGGAGUCAUCCCGCCCAAUGCUACUUUGAUUUUUGAUGUGGAGCUGCUUAGGAUAGAAUAAAAUGGGACAACUGACUGAAGACACCUGUUGAUAACCACCCGUUCCUUCCCUAUGAAUGGGGGAAAAAAAAUCUCACUGGAAUUUCAUUCAUCAUGCAAACAACACCGAUCCUGAGGUUGUUUUCCCGUUGUCUUCCCUCUUUUUUUUACUCUUCUUAUUGGUGUCAGUAAUGGUCCCUGUUUGGAUGCUUCUUUGCUGUGGAGGUGGGGGAAAUGGCUGUAAUUUUUGAGUUGUACAUUUUAUUUUAAUUUGCACGUGAAGCUUAAAAAUUGUGACUAGAACCAUAUAUAUAUAUAAAUAUAUAUAAAACUAUAGAGAGAUUACUUAUAGAGAAACCACUGCCUUACUCUACCACUUAAAAGAAUAAAACACGUGAGGGUGCUCAGACGUCAAGUGUGUACCUCUUGUACACAAGCGGGCAUUAGCCAAACCAAGUUACCUGCGCUGCCACUUUUUCCACAUCUUGUAUGUUCAGCUUGCUGAUGUUUUGAAGAAAAUGUCUCAUACAAAAACUUUCCAAGGAGAAAAAUAAAAUCUUGAUAUUUUA